UUCCCCAUCCAGUUGUUCUUCAUGCACUUACUCCCUAACUUCCAAGAAUGUUGGUGGGACCAGGUGAUACUUGAUGUUAUAAUAUGCAACGGGGUGGGUAUAUGGGUUGGAAUGAAGGUGUGUGGGUUCUUGGAGAUGAGGGAAUAUAGAUGGGAGUCCAUUAAAGACAUCCACACGACAUCAGGAAAGUUACAGCGAGCCGCGAUGCAAUUCAUGCCCGCAAAGUUAAGCCCUGUGCGUUGGUUGGAUCCAAACUCAAGUAUAAUGAGGGUGGUGGGAGUCUAUAUACUACUAACUACUUUUAUGUUAAGCGAACUGAACACUUUCUUCUUAAAACAUUUCCUGAGAUAUCCAUCGAGUCACUUGUUUUGUUGGGGAAGAAUAUUAUUAAUUGGGAUUAUAUCAGCUCCUUCAUUAAGACAAUAUUACGUUUAUCUCACUGACACUCGAUGCAAGAGAGUUGGAACGCAAACAUGGGUUUAUGUAGCCAUUGUUUGCGUUGAAACAAUCGUUUCAUUAAAGUUUGGUGCCGAAGAAUUCACGCGAACACAAAUACAGAACGUUGUUGGUUGGGUUGUAGUUACUAUGUUGAUGACGUUGUUCUGUCUCUAUCUUAUGGUCAUGUUGACUAGGUGGGGUUAUAAUAAGGAGAUUGAAGUUUACGACGGCCAUUUAUCCGGCCCUGAAUUCCCUGCCAUGAUAUUGAAGCCAUUGUCUAAGUUCGGUAGGCCCUCGUGUGGUGAGAGUGACCAUGAUUCGAGUGACGGGGACGAGGACAAUGACAGUAGCGGGGAUUUGAAUAAUUCAACCACUAGGAGGACUAGAGGGCAAAAUGGAAAUCACGCAAAAAUUCAAUAAUUAUAAAUAAACGAAUGACAUCAUAAUGACCUUUGUGACAUCAUUGUUGCUAAAUAAUCAUCACAAAUUAAAUCUGCU